UCCUGCACCGCGCAUAGCGCUGCCUCGGGUGGGCCGCUCGGGCUGUCGAGAGAGAGAGACAGGAGGCGGGCUUUUCCUCCCUACUUCCUACCAAAACCACUCACACGUAACUCUCGGCACACCUGCUACUACACCAUCCACCGUCUGUGGCACACCGUGUUGAGCCCGUCGCCCGCCGUUCCUCGGUGAAUCCGGCCGCCAGUGAGACUGCCCGGCGCUGUCGCUGCCGUGUUCCCCCCUUCAACGGCGAAGAACGCGGUGCAGCCGGCCUUUGGAUUCGGCGCCACCGGCGACGGUAGCGAAGAAGCCCCGGAGAGAGUUGCUGUCGUCGUCCUCGUCGUCGGAGAGCAGACGACGUCAAGCGGCGGCGGUGCUGCGUCGUCUGCAGCGGACAACCGGCGGCGGGCGGUUGCGUAAAAACAGCUUCGCGUCACAGUCCCCUUUGCCGAGGAGGUCCCGUCGUGACGAGACCACGCCUUUCGACGGCCCUGCCUUGCCGAGGUUGUGCUCGGCUUGCACUGAAAGCAACUGCGUCAUCAAGUAGAGCCGACUGUUUAUCGUCUGCGCUGGGAACAACCUGACCGUGCUGCCCGUGAACCGGAACGAUAGGAUGACCAGCUGUGCGGAUCACGCCGAGAAGGGACGCCGCUCUCCUCCGCUGCUCGGAUGAUCCGUUUGAAACGAGCAUGGUGCUCCGGGGCGCGCCUGGAAGCGGCGAGCGUCCCGAGCCGUGCGACCCCGGAUGCAGAUGACCAGCGCGGCAGCUCGGCCCGGCAAGACGCCAUGGCCGUCAAGUGGGAGAAGCUCUCUCCGGCGGAGUUCCAGCAGCUGCAGGACUACGUUCAAUAUUCAUCAAAGAAGCUUCCAGAUGUUCUUGAGGAAUUCAAGGAGAAUGGAGCCCUGUCCAAGUACAACGCCGAAGGGGACAUCGACCUGGAGGGUUUCCAGGCGUUCAUGGACACCUACCUGGAGAUGGACACUCCCCGGGACCUCGUCAAACACCUGUUCCUCUCGUUCGUCCGAAAGCCCGCUCCGCCGCGGCCACAGAUCGCCGACGGACGGCUGCUCAAGUUCCGUCAUCUGGUGGCGGGCAAAUUUCAGAAGGACGAAACGCUAGAUGAUAGGAAGACGACGGCCGUGUUGCAUAGGACGCUAACCGGCGGUUCCCUUGACAAAAGCGCCAAGAUGGCGGCCGUGACGUCGACGACUGCGUGCGCGCCCAUCACCUCGCACACGGCGGCGGCGCACAGCGGGUCCCUCCCGGAGCUGGCCAAGCAGGCAGCACAGGGCGGCGGCGCGCAGGCCGGCAUGGCGCAGGCGACAGCGCACGGUGCCGGCCAGGAGCAGCCGCAGCAGGCACCCCGCCGCACCGAGGAACGACCGCACCUGCACCUGGGCUUCGCCGAGCGGCUGCACGGCCUCACAGAGAAGCUGCACAGCCACCUGCGAGGAGAGGGCUCUGAUACCAGGGGGCGCACAGGGAGUGCUUCUAUCCACCCGGUGGUGACGGUGACGCAGAACUACGGCGACUCGACCGACUCCUCACCCAACCAGAGCCAAGUGUCGCGGAACUCUUCCAGAAAGUCAAACAGCUCACUGCUCGUGCACAGCGUGGACUUGAAGCCUCUGCGGAAAACGAGCAGCCACAUCGAUGUUCACACUGUGCGCGUCCCCCUGAAAGAUAUCAUAUGCUACCUCUCGCUCAUGGAAGCAGGGCGGCCCGAGGACAAGUUGGAAUUCAUGUUCAGAUUGUACGACACAGAUGGAAACGGUUACCUUGACAACAAUGAGACAGAAUGCAUAGUGAAUCAAAUGAUGAGCGUCGCCGAGUACCUUGGUUGGGACGUGUCAGAACUGAAGCCGAUCCUUCAAGAGAUGAUGGUGGAGAUCGACUACGACGCUGACGGCACUGUGUCGCUAGAAGAAUGGAAACGUGGCGGCAUGACCACCAUCCCGCUGCUUGUGUUGCUCGGGCUGGACGCUAACGUCAAAGAUGACGGCAACCACGUUUGGCGCCUUAAGCACUUCAACCGCCCUGCCUACUGCAAUCUCUGCCUGAACAUGCUUGUCGGGCUCGGAAAGAAGGGACUCUGCUGCGUCUUCUGCAGGUAUACUGUCCAUGAACGCUGCGUGCAGAGGGCCCCUGCAUCGUGCAUUAACACUUACGUCAAGUCCAAGAAGAGCUCGCAGGCUCUAGUUCAUCACUGGACGGAAGGUAACUGCACGGGAAAAUGCAGCAAGUGCAAAAAGGCUAUCAAAAGCUACAAUGGCAUCACCGGACUACAUUGCCGCUGGUGCCAGAUGACGCUUCACAACCAUUGCGCGCCACAAGUGAAGCCCGACUGCGGCCUUGGACCACACCGAGACCACAUCCUGCCGCCAACGUCUAUAUGCCCCGCUGUUUUGGAGAGGCAACGAAGUGUCGGCAGUGGCCAGAAGAAACAGCUGUCUAGGUCAGAUUCCAACAAAGUUUCCGACAGCGGCCAAGGCAAUGUUUCUGCCAUGUCAUUCCAAGUCACACCCGUCUCUGGAACCCAUCCCCUUCUAGUGCUCAUCAACCCCAAGAGUGGAGGUCGGCAGGGCAUGAGAAUAUUAAGAAAAUUUCAGUACUUGCUGAAUCCUCGACAAGUGUACAAUGUUGCCAAAGGGGGACCAAUUCAAGGGCUUCAAUUUUUUAAGGACAUUUCGAAUUACCGCGUCUUGUGUUGCGGAGGCGACGGUACAGUGGGCUGGGUACUAGACACCAUAGACAAGCUAAACUACGCCCAGCUUCCUCCAGUAGGAAUCCUCCCUCUUGGAACAGGGAACGACUUGGCGCGGUGUCUUCGGUGGGGGCCAGGUUACGAAAACGAGAGCCUAGAGAAGAUACUGCAGAAAGUUGAGAAAUCCACGACGGUCAUGAUGGACCGCUGGAAGAUCGACAUCAGUAACACGGCAAAUUCCGACGAGCGUGGCGACCCUAUUCCCUGCAACAUCUUCAACAACUACUUUUCCAUAGGCGUGGACGCAUCCAUAGCGAUCAAGUUUCAUUUGGAAAGGGAAAAGCACCCUGAAAAGUUCAACAGCAGGAUGAAGAACAAAAUGUGGUAUUUCGAAUUCGCCACGUCUGAAACGUUCUUCGCAACAUGUAAAAACCUCCACGACGACGUAGACAUCAUGUGCGAUGGCGUCUCGCUGGAACUGUCCAGCGGUCCGUCGCUGCAGGGCAUCGCAGUGCUCAACAUCCCCAGCAUCUACGGCGGCUCCAACUUGUGGGGAGACAACGCCUCGUCACGUCGGCGCUCACGUUCCAAGCGACGCAAGAAACACGACCGGGACAUCUCCACCAACAGCUUCAACUCGAUCGACCUUAGCAGUGCCGUACAAGACAUCGGCGACCGGCUGAUUGAAGUGAUCGGCCUGGAAAGCAGCAUGCACAUGGGUCAAGUCAAGGCUGGUCUCCGAGCUUCGGGUCGCAGACUGGCGCAGUGCUCCUCGGUGGUCAUACGGACAAGGAAAAGAUUUCCGAUGCAAAUUGACGGUGAGCCUUGGGUACAGCCACCGUGCACGAUACAGAUAACCCACAAGAACCAGAUGCCCAUGCUCAUGGCGCCAGCCCCGACAAGCAAGUCCAGGUUCCCCUUCUUCUCCUUCAGGAAGUCGUGAUUCUCGCCCGGAGACGGGAGCGCCAUCUUCCGCGGCUUUCCUCCACUGCUUUCGCUCUCGGCAGCUGCUCAUUGGCGUCGUUGUUGCUGCUGCUCGUGACUGGAGCAGAGGUUCGCGCGUUACGUGUCGUGCCACUCUUGUGCACCUACAUCGGCUCCCGAGCCGUUGUCGGUUACAGAGACUGCAUUUAGUUGACGCGUUAUCUUGUUAACUUAUUUAUACCUUGUACAUACAUCUGUAUAGACAUUGCCCAUUCGUCGGCGCUUUACCUUCUUGACCAGGGUCCUAGCGGCGUUCCAUGUGCACUCGCUGGCUGCUGCUUGAUGCGUGUUCGCCUGUGAACGUGUGGGCACGUGCUUUUAUGCGUGUUAAAACGAUUUGCUCUCAAGAGCGAUGUGGAACUGUGCGCGCGUUUGUCGAGUUCCGUUGCGCUAUUUGAGCGAGAAAACGUUUGUUGAGUUUUGUUAUGACUGCGCCUGAACGGAAGACCAGAUGUGUACAGACUGCUAAACGUUACAGAGCAAAUCACUAAAGCUUACUUUUCGUGGAUAAAAGCGCCACGCUUCGCUUCUUUUUACUGCACCAUGAGCCGCUUGAUAGCAACGCCUGUUCAUUAUUUAAUCCAUUGAAGUCUCAGAAAUGUGAAUAUAAAACAUUCGAGUUGCUUCGCGCGCGUUCGAUGAUAUUUAUUUUGUAUUCUAUAAAUGUAUAUGACUUAUUAUUAACCCUUACACCUUAGAACUACAGAAAGCUGAGCUAGUUGGUAAGGAUUCAUUGUGCAAAAAGGUGAGGCGUGCAGACAGGACACAAGAGAAGUGGACAACAUGUGUUGUCCACUUCUCUUCUCUUGUGUCCUGUCUGCACGCCUCACUUUUUUGCAUAAUGAACCCUUACACGUUUUAACGUUACCGCUUAUAUUCUCUUUAGUAUGCACAAAAAUGUUCCCGUACGAUUGCUCUGUAAACUGCAUAUAUACAAUAUGUGCUUUCUUUAACGUAAGCAAACUAGCGAAAUAUUUUUUCUCGUACAAUUUUAUGCGUGAUGUAAGUGGCGCCCAAACUGCACUAAGGAGCUGAAGGUGGAAAAAUAAUUGUCGAUAAGUAUGUACGUUAUGAUUUGGAUUGGCUUUAGAAUGAAAACAAUCCAGGAAGUGUCGUGCAUAUAUUCACCUUUUAAGCGCUCUUCAACUUCAUAACAGUGCGGUGACUCUGCAGGUGCAACAGUUUGAGCUAUGUGACAUCCGAAAUCGCGCGUUAUGUCGUUAUUAUUACGACGCGGUGUGCAUCGCCCAGUGAUCUCGGCAUAUACAGUGGUAGCCACGGCUUCUGGGCAGACGAGUCUAAUAUUUCUUUCCUUGAGCCGCUAGCUGAAGCGCAUCCCGAAGCCCAGUUUUUUGCUGUGGGCAAGCUUUUUUGUUGUGUAAUGCGCGAGUAGUCGAAAGCGUACUCCGAAACGCCCCUUGCCCUUGGUCAUGGCCCACAGAGAAAACUGUACACGCGCCAGAGGGUUCCCAUGAACCGGCUGUGGCGCCAUCUUCGGUUAUCUUCGGUUAUCUUCGGUUCAUUUUGGGCACCACCAACUGAAAGAACAUUUCUGUCUGUUGUAGCAUAUCCGAUUCUCCUCGCGAAUGAUUGUGCUUUCUUCAGUGUGCUACGAUCGUGUCCUUAGCGGACCAGUUUGUGAAUCUCAGCUUUUGCAUCCUCCACCGUUGUGUAUGGUCACCUUCUGGACACCACCGACCAACAUCUAUGACCCUACCCACUUUAUCAUUCUUAAAAUUUUUCCAUCGCAUCUAAAGGAAGAAAAAUAGGAGAAGACUAAGAAUCUAGGUACUUUCGAUAGCUUUGAAAAUGGUGACUCCACGUAUCUCUAAAAUUAGUGUGGUGAAAAUAAACGUAGAGCCGCUCUCAUGAGCCCCUAAGCAGGAAAAAAAUGAUUUUUUUUCUUUUUCAUUCGUGUGAUUCGGUCCCUGGUAAAGCUUCAUUAUGCAUAGUAUGUCCACCUUGAUGUACACACUACCUUGGAUGUUUGAAAUGCAAGGCUUUCUAAAGCUGGCUUCUUUAUAUAUCGUGCCUUAGUGAAAGCGUGUACAAAACUUUUUAAACGUCUCUUUCUUUGUGUUGCUAAGCCCUACGUUCUCAUGUGAACGUUCAUAUCUCAGAAUAAUUUGUUUCCGGUUAGCUCUUAAAGCGAUUGAUCUUUAGACGUGGUUGCGACGUCCUUUAUUUUAUUCCUUUUGUAAACGUUCUCCGUGGUCUUAACUUAGGGGGCAAGUACAAUAUUGUUGGUGCUGAGUUCUAGCCUGUUGCUGACACUAGAAGCCGUCCUAGGUAUCUAAGGAUUGAGAUACAGAUUGCGGGAAGCAAUCUGUUGACAUUCACGAGAUACUCAUCUCUUCUAAAUGGCCUUUAUUUUGCCUUGCACG